UAGGUUGGGUACAUUAGCCUGUUAGCUUGCUGAAGAGAAAAAAAAAAAGACAAAGGAGAGGAAAAAAUAAAAUAAAAAUUCAGCCAUGACCAUGGAGUGGAAACCAAUGGAAAUAAACCCUGAGAUGCUGAACAAGGUGAGACUGCUGAAUCAUGGUGCUGAGUAAGCUGGGUGUGAAGCCAGACUGGCGCUUUGUGGAUGUGCUGGGUUUGGAGGAUGAUGCCAUAACUGGAGUGCCCACGCCCUGCUGUGCCCUGAUGCUUCUCUUCCCGUUGACACAACAGCAUGAAGAGUUUCGCUCCAAGCAGUCAGUUGACCCGUGCAAGGAUGUCUACUUUCUGAGCCAGACGGUGGUGAACUCCUGUGGGACUGUCGGAUUACUGCAUGCCGUGGCCAACAAUCAGGACAAGCUCAGUUUUGAAGGUGCUUCUACCUUGAAGAAAUUUCUAGAUGAAACAGCAGGACUGUCUCCUGAUGAACGAGCCAAACAGCUGGAGCAAAAUAAGGCGAUCCAGGCAGCUCAUGAUGAUGUUGCUGCUGAGGGACAGUGUCGUCCAGAAGCUGACAAAGUGAAUUUCCACUUCAUCACCUUUGUCAACGUAAACGGUCAAGUUCAUGAACUUGAUGGCAGACUGAAGGGACCUGUGAACCAUGGUGAAACAAAUCCAAACAGCUUUGUCAUGGAUGCAGCAAAGGUGUGUCGUGGCUUUACAGAGCGAGAGAAGGGGGAAGUGAGAUUCUCUGCUGUGGCACUCUGUAAGGCCUGAAGAAGAGUCCCCACAACAGACUGACCAAAAAUAUUCCCCCUCCCUUUCAGGCCAGAGCACAUCGAGCCUGCACAGUUCACACAAGCUGCCAGUUUAUGAAUUUUGCACACUGUUCUCUUCUGUAUAUCUGCCUUUCUUCAUAACUGCCAGGCUUCUGUUUUAUUUGUAGUAUUUACACAAGUUGCCUAAUUGAUACAUGUUGUGAUUUUUGGUUUAGUUCUAAGCCAGUUUUCAGCUCAUGAUCUUUGCCAGUUGGCUCAGAUUUUGGAUGUACAUGUCACCAGGAAACUUGCGUAAUCUGGUGUGGUGUGCUAUGCUAAUCUAGCUGUAAGUGGAGAAUCAGUGACGGGGUUCAGUGAUGUUCAGCUCAAAUAUUUUCCCUUAUUGCUACUGGGGGGGAUCCUCUUCUAUUGUUGUGGCUACUGCUGAUAAAUAAAUGCAAUGAAAGUUU